GGCAGUCAGCCAAUCUGUUAGCUACAUAUCUAUCCUGAGCAUGCUAGCUAGCUACAUCCGGGCGGCUGAUACUGUGAGAGCUCAAUCAUGUUCCGCAAUCAAUAUGACAACGAUGUCACAGUUUGGAGCCCCCAGGGGCGCAUCCACCAGAUUGAGUAUGCCAUGGAAGCAGUGAAACAAGGAUCUGCCACUGUGGGGUUGAAAUCUCGCACGCAUGCGGUCCUGGUGGCUCUGAAGAGAGCUCAGUCGGAGCUGGCUGCUCAUCAGAAGAAAAUUCUCCAUGUUGACAGUCAUGUAGGCAUCUCCAUUGCUGGCCUGACUGCAGAUGCAAGACUUCUGUGUAACUUCAUGCGUCAGGAGUGCCUGGACUCCAGGUUUGUGUUUGACCGUCCGCUCCCCGCGUCUCGGUUGGUGUCUCUCAUUGGAAGUAAAACCCAGAUCCCAACCCAGAGGUAUGGAAGAAGACCUUAUGGCGUGGGACUCCUCGUGGCAGGAUAUGACGAUAUGGGGCCCCACAUUUUCCAGACCUGUCCUUCUGCCAACUACUUUGACUGCAAGGCGAUGUCCAUUGGGGCCCGCUCCCAGUCAGCACGUACCUACCUGGAAAGAAACAUGGACGCGUUUCUGGACUGUGAACUAAAUGAUCUGGUCCAACAUGGACUUCGUGGUCUGAGAGAAACUCUGCCUGCAGAGCAAGAUCUCACCACUAAGAAUGUUUCUGUUGGGAUUGUUGGCAAGGACAUGGAGUUUACCAUUUACGAUGAUGAUGCUGUGGCCCGAUUCUUGGAAGGACUUGAGGAGAGGCCACAGAGAAGGGUGGCACAGCCCGAGGAGGAGCCUGCUGCAGAGAAGCCGGAUGAGCCCAUGGAAUUGUGAACAUGAACAGCUCCACUGUUGAAACAACAGAGCUGUUAUGACUGCAGAUAACGGUUCUGCAUUCUGUCCCGAUGUUAUUGCACUGUUGGUCCACUCACAGUCACUUGUUAUGUUAACAACAUGAUGCUAAUUAUGUUUAUGAUUUUGUUUGAUGGAUAAUGCUUUGGGGUUUUGUCAUUAAAGAUAAACAUCUUUUUCUGA